AUGAAGUUGGCCUGGGUCAUCCAGGAAAGGAUUAAAAGAGGAUCGAGUGUCACCAAGUUGCAACUGCUGAAGAGGAAACUGCAGUGCCAGACGUUUGUGAGAAGGAUGGUUAUGGUUCAGAGCUGCACCAGAAGGAAUAUGGCUGAAACUUUACCAGGCUUUGGAAGCUCCGGAAAGAGCUUUCUUAUCGACAAUCUUCUGAAAGCACAAAGUCCUCCUGUCCAUCCAGAAGGAACGGCAUGUGGACACCUGAGACAAGUUGCAUGUGAAUGCCCAAGGAGAACCUGGGGCCAGGAGCAGGGAACCCAUCAAAGCCUGACCCAAAGUCCUCCACAGGGGAAAACCAUGGGGAGACCAUUUUUGCCUUGCUCAGGUGUUCUGAGCAGCGCUUUCUUGCAGAGCCCGCAGUAUCUGCUGGCAUGCUGCGGUGGGUCCAGCCCCCCUCCCAUCUUUUCCAGAGCAAAUGUUCAAAUGUGGUCACCGAAUGCAAGCCCUAAAUCCCGCAGAGGGAUCCUUAGGAGGGCUGUUUUCUCUGAAGAACAAAGGAAAGAGCUGGAGAGAACUUUUCGGAGACAAAAGUACAUCAGCAAAAUGGACAGGAACAAACUGGCAGCUGAUCUUAGCUUGAAAGAAUCGCAGGUGAAGAUCUGGUUCCAGAACCGUCGUAUGAAAUGGAGAAACCACAAGGAGAAGGAAGUUCAUAACAUUCGCUCCCCGAUGGACGAGCUCAUGGCCAAAGGUCAUCCUCAAGAGGAGAACCAAACGUCACACAGUCACACUAACCUGAAAGCAGAGAGUUCAGUGCCACAGAAGAGCACAAGGGACACAUGCAUGAGCUGAUGCUAAACAAGUGACUUUUCACAUCUGCUGAAUCCUCUACAAAGACUUGAAUAUUGAUGAAACACCUUGCAGACUCACACUGAAAUGCAAGCAUGUCAGGUUUUAUUCCAUUGUCAUCAAUGUAUGUAAAUAAAUACGUAUGUUUGUUUUGUGGCUUUAGCUGAUUUCCUGUCACUUCAAGAAAUAAUUUAAAGGUUGUUACACUUUCUAGGAAAGACCCCCCACUUUUCAAUUAAAACUGUUGUCACCUAAAGGUCAAAUGAGCCAUGUACACCUUUACUUAAACUGUAAGCUCUCUUAAAAUUACACAAAAUCCUUAUUCUAGAAAGAUUCUUUCAGUUCUUUUUUAAGUCUUUUUAAGGCAUAUUACUUUGGUUACAUGUUGAUAUAUUUUGCUCAUUAUUUUAAAUACAUGGAUCAGUUGUA